AUGGACACACAAAAUUUAGAAAAGGCAGCCAUAAAGAUUCAGGCAUGGUGGCGUGGCAACGUGGUGCGCCGGACGUUACUGCACGCGGCACUCAGGGCCUUGGUCAUCCAGUGCUGGUGGAGGUCCGUGCAGGCCAAGACGCUGGAGCAAAGACGGCGCCUGGCUCUAAGAGUCUACACCUGCCAGGAGUGGGCCGUGGUGAAGGUGCAGGCACAGGUGCGAAUGUGGCAGGCCCGCAGACGGUUUCUCCAGGCACGCCAAGCAGCCUGCGUCAUCCAGUCUUACUGGCGCUGGCAUGCCAGCCAAACCAGAGGCCUGAUCCGGGGCUGCUAUGAGGUCAGAGCCAGCCGGCUGGAGCUCGACAUUGAAAUCCUCAUGACCUAG